AGACGUGCUGAAGAAAGAAUUGGUGCGCGUGAGCGUCCAUCCACGCACGCGCACUCGAAGGCCCUGGUUCCCUAAAAUUGUGUCUUGUUUACCUUCAGCACCUGUCUUGUAACCUUCCAUUCUCCUUUGGUUUUCGGCCACCAAAUUUAAACUUCGUCCAGACACGCGUUUCCAUGGAGUCCUGCUUUGAUAAUUAAAUCUGUAUUAUGAAGUUAAACGUUUUCGCAUUUUUCAUUGCUUUCGUGUCCUGUUUAAAGGGUUCGUGGUUUUAUUUGUUUACUGUAUUUUAAUUGCUUAAUCACACAGUUGCUGCGAGAGACAUCGUGUGGGUGCAUUUACUGUAUGAUAAACCUGUAGACAGCUUUCGGAAACUCUGCAGAUAAAACUGAGCUUUGAUCACAGUGAGAUUGCAAAAUUUUUUUAAGCAAAUAAGGCAUCAUGAAGACUUCAGACCUUUUCCUUCUGCCCUCUGUGCUUCUCGUGUUCCUUUUAAAAUGCUGCCUAGCACAAAGUGAAUCUGACCUCAUAGUAACAACAAGGUUGGGCCGUGUGCAAGGCUUGCGCAUACCUGUUCCAGACCGGAAUCAUGUGGUUGCUUUCUUGGGGAUCCCGUAUGCCGAACCUCCUGUAGGGAAGAGGCGCUUUAAGCAAGCAGAGCCGAAAAAGCCAUGGAAUGGUGUGAUUGAGGCAACAAACUACCCUAAUGCCUGCUAUCAGUACGUAGACACCUCUUACCCAGGCUUUCCAGGCACUGAGAUGUGGAACCCCAACAGAGACAUGAGUGAGGACUGCCUUUAUAUCAAUGUGUGGGUGCCUCCAUCCCCUAGGCCACAAAAUCUCACAGUGAUGGUCUGGAUAUAUGGUGGUGGCUUCUCUAGUGGUUCCUCCUCUCUUGACGUUUAUGAUGGCCGGUACUUGGCUUACACUGAAAAGGUAGUGGUUGUCUCUAUGAACUAUCGUGUUGGCCCUUUGGGAUUUCUUGCACUUAAUGGCUCAUCAGAAGCACCGGGAAACAUUGGUCUUCUUGACCAGAGAAUGGCCCUCAAGUGGGUACAAGAUAACAUUCACUUUUUUGGAGGUAACCCCAAACAGGUGACCAUUUUUGGAGAAAGUGCCGGAGGAGCCUCAGUAGGCUUGCAUGUUCUGUCACCAGACAGUCGCCCAUACUUUACACGUGCCAUAUUGCAGAGCGGUGUUCCUAACACCCCCUGGGCUACUGUUAGCUUUGAUGAGGCCCGUCGAAGGACCACCUUGCUGGGCAAGCUGGUUGGGUGCAGUGAGGGUAAUGACACUGAGCUAAUUGACUGCCUGAGAAACAAAAAUCCUCAAGAACUAAUUGAUCAGGAGUGGCAAGUGCUCCCAUACAGCAGCCUUUUCCGCUAUUCCUUUGUACCUGUCGUAGACGGUGUGUUCCUCCCUGACACCCCGGAGGCCAUGAUCAACUCAGGAAACUUCAAAAACACUCAGAUCCUGUUGGGUGUAAAUCAGGAUGAAGGAUCUUAUUUCUUAAUUUAUGGCUCACCAGGAUUCAGUAAAGACAACGAGAGUUUGAUAUCACGAGAAGACUUCCUUGAAGGUGUGAAGAUGGGCGUCCCUCAUGCUAAUGAAAUCGGCUUGGAAGCGGUUAUACUUCAGUAUACAGACUGGAUGGAUGAGAAUAACCCUGUAAAGAAUCGAGAUGCCAUGGAUGAUAUUGUAGGAGAUCAAAAUGUUAUCUGUCCUUUACUGAACUUUGCAAAGGCAUAUGCCCAGCACACAGCUCUCCAUAUCCAGCCAGGAGCAGUCCCAGGGACCCCGGGCUGGGGAAACUCUGGAUCAACAGGCUAUAACAGUGGCAACUCUCAUGGUUCUGUCUACCUUUACUUGUUUGACCAUCGAGCCUCAAACCUGGCCUGGCCCGAGUGGAUGGGAGUAAUGCAUGGUUACGAGAUCGAGUUUGUGUUUGGCCUGCCUUUAAAUAAAAGUCUAAAUUACACAGCGGAAGAAGAGAAACUCAGUCGACGUAUGAUGAAAUACUGGGCCAAUUUUGCGCGCACUGGUAAUCCUAACAUGAACACUGAUGGCACCAUAGACAGUCGAAGGAGAUGGCCACAGUUUACAGUUACUGAGCAAAAGUAUGUAAGUUUGAACACAGAGCCAAUGAAGGUGUACAAGGGACUAAGAACACAGGCUUGUGCUCUGUGGACUCGAUUUCUGCCCAGACUGCUUAACAUCACAGACAACAUUGAUGAUGUUGAGCGACAGUGGAAAGUGGAGUUCCAGCGCUGGAGCUCUUACAUGAUGCACUGGAAGAGCCAGUUCGACCAUUACAGCAAGCAAGAGCGCUGUACAGAUCUCUAGAUUAUUCUGACAUAAAUGUUUAAGAGCGCAGAUCAAAGAUUGAUGACCAUAUUCCUUAAAAUUCUCCUCAAUAGUUGCCACAGCUCCACAAAACCUUUUCUUUCGUUAAUAUCUUUAAGUAAGCAUGAGAAUGAAUCUGUGAAUGUUGCACUUACCUGUUUUGUGCAUAGUUUUAUUUUCCUCUCUAUGUAGUUUAUUGUUCUUCUCACAACUAUAUUACAUGUAUAUACCGUUUAUACACACACACAAGCUGCUAUGACAGAUUAAGUGCUAUGGUCAUCAAAUAUAUCAGAAAAAAUGUUAUUUUUGCGAUAUUACCUCUGAAAAGUGAGCGUCUACGUCUAUAUUUUCCACUGGAACCUCUCAUUUACUCGGGUCCUCAGGAUUGCACAUUUUUUUAGCUUCGUUUUUUCCUACGUUCUUACAGGCUUCGAUUUUGGCUGCUUCACCGUGUGUCUAUCUGUCCAUUAAUCUCCAUUCUGCAUCCACCAUAUCCGUUCAGCGUUUCGUGUAGUCCUUUGUCAUGUGAACUUGUCUGCUGUCUCUGCUUUCUGACUGUGGGCUAACUCAACACAGCCUAUAGUUUUUGCAGACAUCAGAAGCUGAUUAAUUUCAUGGAUGCUGGCUUGACUUACUGACUCAUUGCAUGCAUUCUAGUGCCCACAGCAUGACUAUUUGUUUAUGUAUGUAUGUAUGCGUGUGUGAGAGAGAGUAUGUUUACCAUAUAUCCACUGCAUAGGUCAGUAUAUGUGUUAAUAUGUAUAAUACCACUCCUCUGCUUUGUUCCGACUUCAUAUGGGCACUGUAUGUUAAAGCGUUUUAUCCUAGAAUGAAAAAGAGAGCAUGAUUAGUAUGAGUAAUGUUGUCUGUGUGCCAAGGGGUCAGUAUCAUUUUUUACCUCUGCAGUCUCCCUCUCUUGAUGGGAAAGGAUUCUCAUUACGAUAAUGGAGGGAGAGUAAUUUACUUAGUGCUCAUUUGAAAUGACAGCCCGCUGUGUCAGCUAUCCCCCCAGCCCCACCUUCACCCUCUUUUGAUGCAGUGGGAGGAUGAUAACGGAAAACACAGGCAAAGGAAAGAUGUGAAGGCAAAAAAUACAGGGUUACAAAAGCCACUCCUGUUCCAUGUUCUAUAUUUAUUUUUUAUCUUUUUUUUAUUUAAAUUAUUUGCAUGUUUGCAUCAUGUGAAGUAGUAUAAGUUGGCUUAUAUGUAUCAAAAAUCAUGUGAAGUGUUUUUAGUGUGCUUACAUCAAAGAAAAUAUUUUAUUUGUGUGUAUUUAUUACAGUUGUGGAACUGCAUACAUAUUUUUCCAUUUUGCCUGUGAAUUUGGAUCAAACAUUAUUUUGUAUUUUACAGUGUGAAUGUAUCUCUGUUCUCAUAUACACUGCCCCAGUUUGCAUUUCAUGUUUAUUAUUUACCUGCUGAAUUUGUAAAUGUCUAGUUAUGCCUGUCAGCCUGUUUUUACCAAACCUAUAUCAGUGUAUUUGUGCAGUACUAUUUAUCAACCGUUUGGUGACACAGUGAAAGGGAUCUAAGUCUCUUGUUUGUGAUGUGAUGAGACAAUGUGUUGAGCGGGUCUUUGAUCACUCAAAACUAUAGGCUGUCAUUAAGCAUUCAGCCUUUGAUUAUGACUGGACUAAUGUUGUUUACUUAAAACAUGUCAUUUAAAAUAAAAAAUCUAUAUUAGCUAUAGAUAAUGGCAUGCGAGAAAAUAACAUUAUGUUCGUUUGUUUCUGGGUCUGAAGGACAGCUGCUUUUGCACUUCUUGUCAAGUUAAAAGCCCACAUAUCUUAUUCACUUCAUGAAAUCCACUUGUGCAUGCCCCAGACCCCUCCUUUUCCUCUGUGUUCUGUGGUUUAAAAUGACUGUUACCCUCUCUGACAAUAUCAGUGCUUAUGUCUAUUGUUAAUGUUACAGUUUAAAGCUAUACAAAUAUUAUGAUAGCCCAGAGAGAUAUAUUGAUGUUAGCAAUAACAAAAUACACUUGUAAAUGAAUAUAGUUAUUUGAAUGCGUUGAUGCUGUAAUGUAAUUGUCUUGAUUGAUUAAAAAACAGUGGUCAUGAUUUGACAACAUUGAUCAUCAAAGCAAUAUAGAGUGCCAUAUGCUAUCGUACAUAUAUUUUUAAUAUGUGAUCACUUUUGUUUGUCUGCGUUUCUUCAACUUUCAAAUGGCUUUAAACAAGUCAUUGCCAAAAGUAAUUUUAAGGCAAAUUAUUUGUCAAAUGUUGCCAAUAAGGAUAUCUGCCUUUUAAUUACAUUUCAACAUGUGUCUCCUACAAAUCCAUACAGUUGUGUCACAAAAAUAUGUAGAACAUUGCACUUGCCUGAGCAAGCGUAUUCUGUUCUUCUACAUAGAUGUUAUAAUAACAAUCAUUGUUGGUCUUGUUAUUCAUUUUUUUUAUUAUUUAGUCCAGAUAUUGCUGUCAAAUUAGUGCCAAACAUGUAAAAUGACAGCAACGUGCAAAUCUUCUGCAUGAUGUUAAAUGUCAUAUGCGCCAUCUCUGGGCACCAUAUCAGAAGCUGUCAAUGCAACAUCAAUAAACAGUUAAAA